AUGGCUAAAAUCUCUUCUGCUUUAUAUGAUUAUCAAUCAAAUAAAAAGUUAUUCUAUGUAUCAAUCCUUACAUCUCCUACUACUGGUGGGGUGACAGCGAGUUUUGGUAUGUUGGGGGAUAUCAUUAUUGCUGAACCCAAUGCCUACAUUGCAUUUGCAGGUAAAAGAGUAAUUGAACAAACAUUAAAUAAAACAGUACCUGAAGGUUCACAAGCGGCUGAAUAUUUAUUCCAGAAGGGCUUAUUCGAUCUAAUCGUACCACGUAAUCUUUUAAAAAGCGUUCUAAGUGAAUUAUUUCAGCUCCACGCUUUCUUUCCUUUGAAUCAAAAUUCAAUCAAGUAG